CUCCUUUCCCUUGUUACAUUAUCUUCUUUAUCCUAUACAAUGUUGAGAAGCCAUACUGAAUCUCAAGCUCGUCGACCUAUUUAUAACGAUCCUUGGAAGAGACGAGAAGCUUGGAGAUCUCACCAAAUUUUCUCAAAGUCCAACAACUUUAGAACUCUUUUCCCCGGUUUAGGUUAUGCAACUGUUGCCUUUGCUGUUUACUGUACUUAUGAACACUUCUUCCUCAAGGACAAGAAACACCAUUAAAGACAACAAUCUCAUCUACACUUAUCAUAUUCACAAUCACUUUCCAAUGACCUUUAUAAGGGAUACAAGUUGUAUUUAUAUUCACAAGUAGAAUCCCCUCGUUUCGUAUUUUCUCUCUCUCUUUUUUUCUUUUUUUUUACAUAUACAGUAUACGAAAUACACGCACUCUUCCUCUUAUUUGUUUAUUGUUUUACACUACUUAUUUCAAUAAAAAAAAUGAUGUUUUAACUCCA